UCUUUUUAGAAAAGUGUUACGAUGCGGCGCGCGGCCAAAACAAAGAAGUGAAACACGCCCAAAUUUCUUAUUGGAAUUUAUUAUCUUAUCAGUGCUCCUUGCAAAUCUUUCGUAACAGCCUUAUUUAUUUCACAGUAAUAGGACUUAGUAAAUUACAGCCUGUUAACUACAAAAUGGCAUUGAUUGCUCCCGUCACGAAAAUAUCGCCCAGGUUGAUUAGAGUGCUAGGCUGCAAUCCAGGACCUAUGACCCUUCAGGGUACUAACACCUAUAUCAUCGGCACCGGAAAAGAGCGCAUUUUACUGGACACAGGCGAUGAGAACGUUCCCGAGUAUAUCGCAAACUUGAAGCAGGUUAUAUCGGAUGAGCGAAUUCUAAUCAACGAUAUCAUCGUUUCCCACUGGCACCAUGAUCAUAUCGGAGGCGUAGAUGAUAUCCUGGAUGCUAUCGAAAAUAAAGAGUCUUGCAAAGUUUGGAAGUACCCCAGGAGUGAUGCCCCAGAUGCCACUCUGCGGAAUGCCAACAUUAACGAGUUGCAGCAUGGACAGAAGUUCACAAUAGACGGAGCAACACUGGAAGUGCUGUACACCCCGGGCCACACCACUGAUCAUAUCGUUUUGGUGCUGCAUGAAGACAACUCACUGUUCAGUGCCGAUUGUAUUCUGGGUGAAGGAACGGCUGUGUUCGAAGAUCUGUACGAGUACAUGAAGAGUUUGCAGAUUAUUCAGGAUGCGAAACCAUCGGUAAUCUACCCUGGUCACGGAAACAUUAUUUUAGACCCCAUAGAUCGUAUUGCAAAGUACAUCAGCCACCGCAAUCAACGCGAGGCACAAAUCAUGGCAGUUUUCGUGCAGCAUCCCAGUGAUUCGUUCGAUGAGAUGGAUCUAGUGAAGCUGAUCUACAAAGACACACCGGAGAACCUGUGGUUGGCCGCAGCCUAUAACGUUGGGCAUCAUUUGCGAAAACUUCAAACUGAAAGAAAAAUCGCAAAGGAAGGUGACUCCUGGAAGCUGAUACCACAGGCCUCCCUUUAGAAACAACGUGAAUAGUUUUAGUUUGAAUACGGGUUUGGUUACUUUGUUGUAGAUGUAAGAGCAUAUUGUUUUAACAAUAUGAAUAAAGUUGUAUUACCUAUAGUUAAGUUAAUAUA